GCUAUUGGGAAGGCUAACAGAAUCUUAGUCUUUAUUACAAGACCAUGGGAGAAUAGGAAAGUAAAGUUUUUUUUAUUAGAUAGUAGCUUGGUUAGAGUGCACCUCAAGCACUGCAGUUUUAGUCCUAAUUUGGGAAAAUUAAGGUUCUCCAGGCAUGUUCUUGGGAUGGUGGGACUGUCCUAUAAAGAGAUAUUGGGCAAGGUGAUUUUAUUGAAACUUAACCUAUGCUUAAAGUGAUAUAUGGAGUAUGUGCAGUUAAGCUGAUUCCCUGAGGUGGGAGAUAGAACUCAAGAGCACAUUUUAAAAUGAAGGAGGAUGCCUAUUAGGUCUGAGUUGAGAUUUUUGUUUGCUGAAAGGAUUGUGAACCCUUGGUUUAGCUGAUAAAUGGUGUAAUCAAGCAUGGGAUUACUAUCAAAUCUGGCUCGGGGUUUAGUGCGUGGAGCUGACCGGACAGCAGAGCUCACAAGCAAGCGUGGACCCCGCAGUUUCUACAAAUCACGUGGAGCCAAAUCAGCAGGGAUAAUUACUUCCAGUGGCAAAUUUAUCAAAAUCAGGCAAAUGGUGCCUGAGUUUGUCGUGCCCAACUUGGAAGGUUUUAAACUAAAACCCUAUGUGUCUUACAAAGCACCAAAAGGAACAGAACAACCCCUGACAGCCAAGAAACUCUUCACAGAAACCGUUGCUCCACAGAUAGAGAAGGACUUUCGGGAAGGUAACUUUGACCUGAACAACCUUGAAAAAUAUGGCUUUGAGCCAUCACAAGAGGGCAAGCUGUUCAAACUGUUUCCAAAAAAUUAUGUGCGUUGAUAAGAGUUGGAUUGUUUUGUACACUGACAGAGAAAUAGGAAGUGGUAGCUGUGUAUGGUGGUAUCUCACUAAAAUUACACCUGUGCUGGCUGUUACUUGUAAUUAUAGUUUUACUCGACUUGAAUAUUGAAAGAGAAGAAAUUCCAAAUUCAAUGUUUACGGAAGAUAAUUUGGUAUGUGGUUUUAUUGUCCUAAAUAAACCUUGUCUUUCAUUGCA